AUGAAAUCUUAUGAGUACAAAUCUUGCACUGCCGCUUCUGAUGGCUGGUUGCCAUGUAAAAAAAAAAAAAAAAAAAAAACAACAACAACAACAACAACAACAAAAACAACAACAACAACAACAACAACAACAACAACAACAACAACAACAACGAUAGCAACGACAGCAACGAUAACAACGACAGCAACGACGACAACGACGACAACGACAACAACGACGACAACGACGACAACGACGACAACGAACAACGACAACAACAACAACAACAACAACAACAACAACAACAACAACAACAACAACAACAACAACAACAACAACAACAACAACAACAACAACAACAACAACAACAACAACAACAACAACAACAACAACAACAACAACAACAACAACAACCCAACUAUCACUCUGGCCCACGUGCAUUUGUCAAUGCAUCCCCUAGGAACCCUGGUGUUCAUCAUGUCAGUGGUACUUCCCGUUGUCCGUCCAAAACUCGCUUCCCCUUUCGUCCGCCACGAUUUCUAG